AUGUAUUCGUACGGCUGUCUGGCACGCUGGGAGGACCUCUGGCCCGGGCAACAGCCCCUUCCCUACACCUACCCGGCCGCCCCUCUGCGGCUGCCGCCCAUCCAGACCUACCGCUUCUGCGGCCAGUCGGCGGCUCCCCGGGAAUACCACCGCUUCUACCGCGCGGGUGCGCCCCUGGCCGCGCCGCCUUGGUGGAACUUCCUGCCGCCCUACGCUGAGGCCCUCGGCCCGCCGUUCUCCGUCGCCGCCGGCGUCUCGGGGCGGCGAUCCCCGCCGGUUCCCACAUGGGAGUCGCCGUGGCCGGAGGGCGGCAGCGUGCAGGCGGAACUGCGCUGGGGCCGCGUGGAACGCACCCGCGGCCCGCGCCUGCCGCUGCCCGCCCCCGUGCGCCGGGAGCUGCGGCGCGUGUACGGCACCUACCCGCACACCGACGUGCGCGUCACGCACCGCCGCGGCGAGUUCCUGCUGGACGCGGCGCCGCGCGUGGGCGAGCCCGAGUACCGCGUGGAGAGGCGCCUGGAGCGCCGGCCCCAGAACGGCCCCGACGGCGGCGGCCCCGCGCGGAAGGCCGGGGAGCGCGGCCGCCGCCCGGAGAGGAGAGGCCGGAGCUGA